AUGGCUCUGCAAGCAAGGAAAGACUUUAAGGUUGUUUUGAAGAGAAAGUACUUCAAUCCUAAUUUAUCCAGGAGGCAAAAUAUCAGUAAUGGUUGUGCCAAAAGGAUUCCAGCACCCCAAUGGGUGUGGUUGCUGAAUCACUGGAAAUCAGAUGAGGGACAGCUUAAAUCUGAGAAGAAUAAAGCUACUAGGGCACUACAGCUCAAUUCAAGACACACCACUAGAUCAAGAAGUAAUGCGGUUGUUUUAGAUCAACUGGAGCUGAAAGAAGGUAGACAAAUUGGGCGUGCUGAGCUCUAUGUUGCAACACAUACCAGAAAAGAUGAAAAGCCAAUUGAUGAUUACAGCAAUGACAAAAUUGAUGAAAUUAGAAGAAAAUUUGAUGAGGAUCCUUCUCUGAUUGCUGAGGAAACCCAUGAUAAUGAUUUUUUCUCGACAUUGUUCCCAAAGGAGAGGAGUGGAAGAAGGUGUGGUCUUGGGCUGUUAUCAGGUGGUGCGACCUCUGGACGCAUAUUUGAAGCUUUAGUUGAGAUGCAGGAAGUGAGAGAAGAAAACAAAAAACUUUGGAGUGCGGUACAGAUGCUAAUGUCAAACCAAGCUAAGUUGCAACAACAAUAUGAUGAACUGAAAAGUGAAGUUUCAGCUCCAGAAAGGUGCCCUUCUAUUGAAAGUAGUCCAAUAGUUAAUCCAGGAUCUCCAGAUCAUUUGCAAUCUAUGAACGGUGAUAACCAAGCAGAUUCAGUUUCACAUCCAAAAAAGAAACAUGAAAUACAACUUGAGGAAACAAGGAAUACUGUGUUACCAUGUCUGGGAAAAACAAAGAGCAAGAUACCACAGCGUACUCACCAUCAAAAAUGAAAGGACAAACCAACUCAACAAAGCCUUCCAGAGAAAGUAAAGAAACCAAGAAUAUUUAAGACACCACUCAAUAAGAUGAGAUGAGGUGAAAGAUAUAAAGUGUGGCAUGGAGGUUGGUUUGGAGUCACCAAAUAGUAAAAGGAUGGUGGCAUUGGGGACCAUUCAGAAAACCGAUAGCAAAGCUAAUGCAAGUGAUGGUUAUCCAUCGGCAGAUUGUGUUGAGGUCCUUGUCAGUGUUGUUUUUAACCAAACAACCAUAUUGCCUCGUGCACAUGGGAAGAUACAAAACCUGGAAAAUGCAACUGCCCGUUGUAUAGCAUGGCCAAAGAAAAGUGUAUGUUCUGUGCGCUUAAGUGGGACUAUACAGCAAAAAAAGGUCAACAUCAAAAUCGGAGGCUUCCCAGUUUAACAAUGGUCAGGGCGCUUCACAAACCAUGUCUGAAAACAAGCUAGCAAGGAAGGUGUCUAAAGAAAAAGCAAGAUCUUGAUGUUAGUACAUUUAAUAGAAGCAUGAAUGAAGUGAGGAUGACAGGAAGGCAAGGAACAUCCAUUGAGUACACAGUUAAAGUUUGAUGUACAGCUUGAUUUGAAUUUUUUUUGUGUAAUCAAGUGAGCAAGCAAUUUCACUCAUUCAGGAGUCAGGAUAUAAGGAACAAUAUUUGGAGAUGGAUAUUUAUUCAUUUUUCUAGCUUCAUUGAUUGUGUUUAGUUACAGAUAUGGAUAGAAAACCAGGAACAUAUGAAAUGUUAAGUGAUUGAAAAUAACAGACAA